CUGCGGCCUUGAUGUAUUCAUAGUCGCGGACGUCGCGGACGUACGCGGUGCGUUGCCGGGAUUUUAAGAGCAAACAGCUCCGGUUUUCUCUCCGACACAGUCGCGACACCCUCGGAGUCGGAGGAUCCUCGGCGAGGAUAAUGGCCGAGUAUCUGGCGUCAAUUUUCGGCACCGAGAAGGACAAAGUCAAUUGCUCCUUUUAUUUCAAGAUAGGCGCCUGCCGGCACGGGGACCGAUGCUCGCGAAUUCACAACAAGCCGACCUUUAGUCAGACGUGCCUACUGCAGAAUCUUUACGUAAACCCACAGAAUUCCGCGAAAAGCGCAGAUGGAUCUCACUUGGUUGCGAACGUAUCCGACGAGGAGAUGCAGGAGCACUAUGACAAUUUUUUCGAGGACGUUUUCAUCGAGUGCGAGGACAAGUACGGCGAGAUCGAGGAGAUGAACGUGUGCGACAAUCUCGGCGAUCACCUGGUCGGGAACGUGUACAUUAAGUUCCGCCGUGAGGAGGACGCGGAGAGGGCGGUCAACGACCUGAACAAUCGUUGGUUCGGCGGCAGGCCGGUUUACGCCGAGCUCUCGCCCGUCACCGACUUCCGCGAGGCAUGCUGUCGCCAGUACGAAAUGGGCGAGUGCACGCGCUCUGGAUUUUGUAACUUCAUGCACUUGAAGCCCAUAUCCCGGGAGCUCCGCCGGUACUUGUACAGCCGCAAGAAGGGCAAGGGCCGCUCGAGAUCGCGAUCGAGAUCGCGGGGUCGCGACCGCAAGAGGAGGUCCCGGUCCCGGGACAAAAGGUCCAGGUCUAAAGACCGGCGCAAGGGAAGAGACGAGAAGGGCAGAGACGGCCGAUCCGGCCGCUACUAAUCAAGUUUGGUUCAUACGCUUAGAUUUAGUUUCUCGCUAAUGUAUCUCGGUCUUGUUUCAUUUGCCACAUUUCACUGCAUUGCAUUAAAUUAUUCCUUCAUUAUCAAACGAAUAAUAGAGCGAAAGUCCCUAUCAAAGAUUUUCUGUUCAAUUGAUUUUCCCCCCCUCUCCCCCGACGCUUUAUUUUUCUCAAGUAAUGAAUUACUGCAUCGCAAGUUCUGUAAUAACAGUACAGGCGGCAGCACCAAUCACUGAUAUCUAAAAAAAAUUCGGUAUUGUAUUUUUGCAAGGUGUAUUUUUUGUGUGCAUCUCUAUUAUGUAAGAUAGAUAAUGUAUACUCGACUUUUUAGUUUUUACAUUAAAAUAUCGAGAAAAAGUA